UAUUUCUAUGAUGUUUGGUUGUAUUGAAAUUGUACUAUUUGUUUCCAACUACGGGUUGAGAUUUGAGGUGUAAAUGCAAAAAAAUAAAUACGAGGAAAGUUUUGCUGAAAAUAUUUCGACUCUGGGAGGAAACUGGACAAAUAACAGAUAUCGCUCGUUGGUAUUCGUUUGAUAUAAAAAAAUGUAGAUGUACAGCUCUGCGAAUUAAAACAUUUCAUCAAAUUUUGAGUUUCAAACAACUUUACUAUGGCUCACUCGGGCGUAGUCCCUGGGAAACGAAAGGAAAUAUACAAAUACGUCGCCCCAUGGCCUCUUUACAGUAUGAAUUGGUCAGUAAGGCCGGAUAAGAGGUUUCGACUUGCCUUGGGAAGUUUUGUUGAAGAAUACAAUAACAAAGUACAAAUUGUGUCCCUAGAUGAAGACAGCAGCGAAUUUACUGCCAAAAGUACUUUCGAACACCCGUAUCCUACCACAAAAAUUAUGUGGAUUCCAGACAGUAAAGGGAUUUUUCCAGAUUUAUUGGCAACAAGUGGCGACUAUUUGCGAGUGUGGAGAGCAGGGGAGCCCGACACAAGACUGGAAUGUGUGCUUAACAACAAUAAGAAUUCAGACUUUUGCGCUCCUCUUACGAGUUUUGAUUGGAAUGAGGUCGAUCCAAAUUUAGUGGGGACUUCGUCUAUCGAUACGACGUGUACGAUAUGGGGAUUAGAGACGGGACAGGUUAUGGGCAGAGUCAACUUAGUUUCGGGUCAUGUAAAAACUCAAUUGAUUGCACACGAUAAAGAAGUGUACGACAUUGCGUUCUCCCGCGCUGGUGGCGGAAGAGAUAUGUUUGCAUCUGUUGGCGCCGAUGGCUCAGUAAGAAUGUUUGACUUGAGACAUUUGGAACAUUCGACUAUAAUUUAUGAGGAUCCGGCUCACACGCCCUUGUUAAGGCUCGCGUGGAACAAACAGGACCCCAAUUACUUAGCGACUAUCGCCAUGGAUUCCUGCGAGGUUAUAAUUCUCGACGUGAGGGUACCAUGCACACCAGUAGCUCGUCUAAAUAACCAUCGGGCGUGUGUGAAUGGUAUAGCGUGGGCUCCUCAUUCGAGUUGUCAUAUUUGUACAGCGGGUGACGAUCAUCAAGCGCUGAUUUGGGACAUUCAGCAGAUGCCUAGAGCCAUUGAAGACCCUAUUCUGGCUUACACCGCAGCUGAGGGUGAAGUAAACCAGAUUCAGUGGGGCGCGACGCAACCCGAUUGGAUCGCCAUUUGUUACAACAAAUCAUUGGAAAUUUUGAGGGUGUAAUUUUAAUAAUCCUCUUCACAUAAAAAAAAUCAACUAACUAAAUAACUGUGCCACUCAUUUUAUAAAUGCUAAUCAUUUUGUCUUAGUUCAGUUGGUAUUUCAUUUUUAAGAAACUUCGACAUGUAUUGUAGUACUAUUUAUACAUCUGGAUUUUUCUUGCAUCGGUUAAUGAUGAAUCGAACUUGCUGACAUUUCGCCAAUCAUCCUGUUCCUAACAGCUUAACUAAAACUGGCAGGUCAAGUGUAAUUCAUCAGCAACCGAUGCAGGAAGAAUCCAGAAAAUGUGUAAAUAGUACUAUCAUGAUCUUCUCGUUUGACAAUUAAUUCAAAAUUUAGACUAAAUUAUCCGAAAUAACAAUUUAGGUUUAGACUGAAGUUUUAGUUUUAGGAUGAAAUAUGCCUGUAAGGUGACAUUUUAGGUUAAAUUAGUGUGAACAUUUUUUUUAUUACCGUAUUUUGUAUGUGCAUUUGCAGAAAUUAUAAAUUACU